UUUAAAGCAGCCAUAUCUCUGCCAGCUAGGGCACGCUUGCCGGGAACCGAAAGCCCUGCAGGAUCUCCACAUUUGCGGAGCAGUCUCGAACUGCGGAGAGUGGGUUUAGAGACGAAAGAGAGCUCAUGAGUAGAACGGAAGCGACUAUACAGAUCUGUACCGCCGCGCUUGAAGCCAGGGGGAGCGGUGGAGUCAUUGCUUGAGGGUAGCGUUAUCUCAUCAUUUGGGACAUGCAUCGCGCGCGUUGCACGCGAGGCACAUGGUCAUAGACCGGUAGUAAGAGACGCACUAUGGGCAAUGCGCAAGACGAUGACCCGACGCAAACCCAGCUCAAGAAGCAAGCAAAGGAGCUGCGCUUCGUCACCAAUUAUGGCGCGCCGCAUCCAAAGAGACGGCGCAUUGGUGCUGCAUGUCUGACCUGUCGCAAGCGCAAGACAGCUUGCUCCGGUGAACGACCCUUGUGCCAAACGUGCAGCCAGAACAGGCUCGACUGCGCUGGAUACUCUUCCGAAGCGCCGACCACCGUUCACAAGCGAUCGCGGUCCAGUAGCGAUACUGUGACAGAUGGCUAUACUUCGCGGAAGGAUAGACUUUUGCAGCGGGUGGUGUCGCAAGAUAACGUCCAUCAUGAGCGGAAGGCGAGCUUUGCCAAAGAAAUUCCAUCACUCUCCAAUGCACCCUCGAUUAAGCAGGGCAAGCGAUCCGCCUCGAAGGUGCAGGCUACUGUUACGCGAGAACGAGAACCACUAUUUCCUGGACCGCGCAAUCGUAUGCCUUACUUCCGCUGGCUAGGUCCUACCGCCAUCAUGCCUGGCUUCAAGCAGAUGGUGGUGAAGGUGAAGCGCUCAGACACAGAGAGGGCGCGAUCGUCAACGGAUGGUGGCGUGCUUUCUCCGUCUGGCAUAAAUGCCAACACUAGCGACCAGCGCCUGCCCGGCUUAUACUCGACCACACCGGCUGCUGUUGAAUCAGACAUUCGGACACCACUGACCCUGCCCUUCUACGACACGUCUCCUGUGCCACCGAGCGAGCUGAUUACCCAUUUGGCCAACACUUUCUUCACACAUCUAGGCUGCAACUUCCCAUUUCUGCAACGAGAACGCUUCCUGCGUGAUCUCGAGGAGAAGCAGGUCGAUGCGAUCCUGGUGGACGCCGUUUGUGCGCUGGCAGCCCGCUUCUCCACGCACACUUUGAUCGUGCAGCAGCCGCAUGAUGACUCGAAGCCCACUCCAGCAGAGUAUGGUCAUGUGUUUGCGCAGCGAGCGAAGACCGCACUGACAGACACCUUCGCUUGUCCAAGCAUCGCAGCCGUACAAGCAGCCGUUCUGAUAGGGUACAAUGAGUUUGGCGAAAGCAGAGAUAGUGGGCUGUGGAUGUACUUGGGCAUUGCUAUUCGCAUGGCGCAGGACCUCGGCAUGCACAAGCUCGAGGGUCUCAAGUACCAAGGUAGAGAAGGUCCAACGCCGAAGAUGGUCAAGCGAGAAUCACUGUCACACGGACUGCUGCAUGCUCCAAACGCUGUUGAGCUGCAACAAACCGUUGAGCCUGCAAAUGACAGCCUGUCCAAUGUCGCACCUACGCACAAGGAGAUCGAUGAGCAGAAGGCCGUAGAGCAAGAACGCAUUGAUACGUUCUGGGUCGUCUUCUUUCUUGACCGAGUUGUGUCAUCAGGCACCGGCCGUAGAAGUACGAUUCGUGACAAGGACAUCGAGCUCUCCUUCCCAUCUCUGGACCGAAAAGACCCAAAGUGCGGCUGGCCUGCGCCGUUCCCAGCACUCAUACGCAUAGUGCACCUGUACGGUCGUGUGGCGGAUCUUAUGAACAGUGUCAAAGAGCCGUCCGAUAUCACCUCCGAAACCUCGACACGGCUUGCAACGAUGGAGGAUCAAGUGACGCACUUUUACCAGGGACUAUCGCCUCGUCUGCAUUUCGAUGCAGUGAACUUCCAGCACUACGUCAAGGCCGGAGAGGGCACGAAUUUUGUACUUCUGCACUUCUGGUUCCAUACGCUUAUCAUACUCCUACACCAGCCAACGCUGCUUAAGACAUUCGAAGGCCGCAUGUUUCAGCUGUUUCCAAACAGUCAACAGCUUUCUAUGUCCUCCGCGAAGACCAUUGCGGACAUACUGUCAUACUCACAGCUCAUAGACGCUAAAGCGAGCCUUGGCAAUCCAUUCACCACACAGCCCAUAUACAUUGCUGCCUGCGCCUUCCUGAAAGAGACAGUGGAGCAGACAGCAACAUCGAACGCACAGUCACGGGCCGCAAGUCCGUCACGUAAGGAAGUCGAUGCUGAAGAGGGUGCGUCUUCCGAGGACACGCCGCAGAGUGUCAAGAAGCAGGUUUUAUCCACCGCAAACGGCAAGCGCACGCCGAGUGGUGGCACCGAUCAGAAGGUACUUGCUAAGCACACAUUGCUUGCCACGGCUGCGAAUGCGCAUUAUCAACUAUGUUACAAAGCUUUGCAGUCACUCGAAACGUACUGGGCUGGAACGAAAUAUAUCCUCACGGUGCUGGAGCAGAAGUUCGAAGGCGUAGGCGACCCGUUGCUUUAUACGGUGGAAGAAGGCGCGUGUUCGAUGGAGCGUCCAAGACCGGAGCCUGCUUUCACCUCGCCGGGCUGGAGACGAAAGCUCUCGUGGGGACCGUAUCUUGGCCCUCCGAACCCUUUCAGAGGGCAGGGACCUAGCCAGGUACCGGGUAGCCCGAGCGUCGACCCAAGUAAAGCUUUCGGGUGGACACUGACAGGCACGAUGAACUCUCCGAGUACGCAGCUUGCCUGGCAUUACUCGGCAGAUCAGGACCAGCAUGGCCAACACCUCCAUGCCGUCACUGCACAAGGCACUGGCCAGUACCCGCCGCAGUCACUGACAACCAUGCAUGCAACGCCGUCCGUCGUCCACAACACCAGCUCCUCGAGACCGGACGCUGACCUCUUGCUGGGCCUUCGCACGUCAUUCACAGCAUCCGUUGGCGGCGGUACCGAUAUACCAGACGGACAUUCGAUCUCAAUGGAACAGCAGACACCACUACCCGGCAGCUACGGCCAUUUCAAUAUGCCUAUGGAUAGUUUCUCCGGCCAAUUCCAGCCGAAUGUGGAGAAUUUCGGCGAUAUGUUCAUACAGUCUCAAGAUGUCGAUAUGAAUAUGCUGGGCCUGGACAUGAUGCCAUGGUUCACGAUGACUGAGCCGACGGAUUUGGAUGGCAUGUCACUUUGAACUUGAGAAGACAAGAGAGCAUAGCUAUUGUACUGAUGCAUGAUGACGUAGAGCCUAGGUCAGCAAAGAGAUCACAGUAUCUUUGCUAUGAGUAGCUACAAUGCUGUACAGAGUUUGUUCAACUUCUGUGA